AUAUAUGCUUUCCUAAACAUAUUUAAUUUCUUUUUUUAAAAUGUAGGUAAUUUAUUCUAAAUUAAUAUUUCAAGGCUGCUAUUUAGCUCAAAUUAUUCUAUGUAUAAUUAUAUAUCUCUCAAUUUAAGACAAAUUUAAUAUUUAACAGUGUUUCUUAAUGUCUGGCAAGAAAAACUUAAAAAGAAAAAUUAUAUAUAUAUAUAUUCUUUAUGGAUAACCAUCCAAUAAAUAUAUGAUUAUUCUCUUCCUUCCCACCCACUUCUCAAUUUCCAUUACUUUUUAGAUCUGAAAACUUCACCAAAAUUCACUCCAUAAAAUAUGGAAGCUCUAAUUUCCCAGUUCACUUUCCUCUCAGACCAAUCGUGUCAAGACAAGAACUUCGAUCCAUCCAACAUCGAAGACCUGAUGAAGCUCUUCGAGAUCGAAGCCUACAAGUCAUGGGCCGCCCUCGAACUUGAGCAAGAAGAAGAAGCGAAAGAGGCCGAAACCUCCAUGCAAAAAGCUGAAGAAUAUCUCGAAUCGGUGAUGGAGAGUUGCAUGGACGAGUUCAGGAGAUUUGAAGAGGAAACGGAGAGCAUGUCAAAGAAGGAAAUGAAUAGCCUCGUUGAGAAUGGUGAAAGGGCCAGAAAAAUGGGGAAGUUGAUGGAGAAAGCAGCCACAAUUGCUUCAAAAAAAUAUAUUGAAGCCGCCAUGAAUUCGGCUUCUGCUUCCAUGAAAUCAGCUUGGAAAGGAGUUUCUUCUAAUAGGGUUCAUCCUUCUUGAUCUUUUUUUUU